AAAAAAAAAGAUUAAUUCCAAAUGAUCAUAAUCAUAAUCAUAUACGACAAAAAGAAAAUCGUACAGCGUCCGAUUAAUUUACGGCUAAAUCCAACGGUCAAAAAUUAACUUCAAUUUUGUGACGUGUGAACAACAGAUCAAUAGAUUCUCCGUAACUGAAAGAGAGGAGAGAGAGAGAAGGAGAAAAAUGGGGAUAUCGGGUUCAAAGCGAGUCACGACGAUUCUAUCCAACUCGCCCGAGUUUAACUCGGCUUGUGACUCAGCGUACGAGGAGUCUCUUUCUCUUGCACAGCAUGCUUUCGCCGGAGUUCGUCCCUACCAGCUCGUCUCCGCCGCCGCUCACAUCCACCGGAAUCUUUCCUCUCUCGGGUUCUCUCUAAUCACCAGAUGGGUCCCUUCUCCUCCGAGUCAAUCCCAAGUCGACUCAGCUCUCCGAGUCACCGUCUCUCGAGUCGCAGCAGCGGAGGAGGAGGAGAUCCUUGGACCGGAGGAGUUCAAAGAAUGGGCCGUUGAGGUUUUUGCGGAAGCCGUUGUGGGAAACGCGAGGAAGACGAUAGCGAGUCAGAUUCCAUUAGGAAUCGUCGGAAUCGCUGGGAUCGGUGCGGUGACUCGGUCGGGUCAAAACUUGAUCGGAGCUGCGAUUGGUGUGUACGCGAUUGGAGUUGCUACUUCGGUUUUUCUAAGCCUCUCUGAUUAGAAUAAAAGAUUACGUUGUUCUUUUUUUUUUAAAAGAUCUGCUUCAACAAGUUCUUUUAAAUUUUAACAAUUUAACAAUCUUGUUUACACUAAAACUCUACCUAAAUUUUAGACAUGAUGUGGAAGUGGAACAUAAACUUCAAAGUCUUACAUGUCGUUUGAUCUGAACAUAAACAUAUCUGU